CUCGGAAAAAAGUAUUUAGUUACAAUAAAAAACUAGCACACCUUUAUCUUGAAAUUUAAUCAGUUUUUUAGCCUAAAGUAGUUCAUUUUUUUACUGCAUUACUUUUAAAUUUCGAGUGUUUUUAAUCUUAAAUCAUCAUUAAUGUCGUAUCGUUGAUUUUCCCCUAAGAGAAACAAUUUUUGUCACAACAUGGACAAGUGGAACACAAUCGAGGACGCAACACUGAACACAAAGAUAAUGAAGAGUGAAGAAGGAUUCGGUCAAAUUUCUUCAUGGGAAAUGGAAUAUUAAAAUCUACCUUAGGAUCGACUCGAGUCGAUCGAUUUAAAAAGAUUUAAAAUUAAAAAUAGCCUCAGGACAGACUGUGAGCUGCAGUGUGACAUUUGAUCGACCUCGAACUUCAAGCUCAAUAUUGAAGUAGUGACAGUCCAACUCUUCAACAUACAUUUUGAAGUUUAAAACACUUUUGAACAAUGAUCCACGCUGGGAGGAUAGCUUUGUUCGUCAAUUCUCGCCCUACGACUUCUGUCAUUGUCAACAGUUUUGGACUUUCACAAUGUAUAUGGCUACAUAAUUUGAAGAGGUCAUGUACAUCACAGUCAAAUCAAAACAAGCCAAAUUAUCCAGAAAAAACAAUGGCAGAAGUCAAAGCAAAGCUUCGCAAAAUGAUGGGCACGCCUCAGGGGUAUAAAAUGCUUCCUGCGAACCGAAGCCAUUUACUUCCACUCCUUCCCAAGACACAAGAAGAACUACCUGUUCGAACACCAAUGGAUAGUUAUGACACUGCUUCGAUUCUUUUGAGCCAAUCGCCUAAAUUGCAAGACAAGUACGCGACCGUUUUGGGCAGUGUGAGGAUAGGAAGGCUUCUUGAAGAUCUAGAUCUGUUUUGUGUUUGGAUUAGUCUGAGGCACAUAAACAACCCGAAAAGUGUAAACUCAGAAAACACACCAUAUACCAUCGUAACAGCAGGUGUUGACAACGUAAAUUUUACUGAAUAUAGACCUCAGGCUCUUGAUGACCUGCGUUUGUCUGGGAAUGUUAUUUAUGCAGGGAAGACUUCAAUGGAAAUCGAGGCGACUGUGGACACGUUCACUCGAGGCGAGUGGAAGCAGUACAUUAAGGCCUAUUUUGUCAUGGUCGCUAGGAACAGCACAAAUUCAGGUGGUGCUUUCAUCAACCAGCUCAAGCCCAGCACUCCGGAAGAACAGGAAAAAUUCAAGCAAGCUGAAGAAAGGAAAAAGAAAAGGCAGAUAGAGUUGUCAGCCUCUUUACUCAAAACCCCACCAUCGCCGGAUGAACAAAGGCUCGCCCACGACAAAUUUAUGAAGACAGUUGACUUGAAAGAUCCGACAUUGCAUAAAAGAGUCCUCCCAGCACAUGCAAGCUGGAUGGAUUCGACGAAGUUUACUAACACGUUUUCACCACAUCCUGAAAAUAGAAAUCAUCAUAAUAGAGUUUUUGGAGGUUUUCUUAUGAGAAUGGCAUCAGAAUUAUCCUGGGUUAUUGCUUUUUCACAUGGACGGUCAAGACCUUAUCUGUGCCAUAUUAGCGAUUUUUCUUUUAAAACUCCAGUACCAAUGACAGCUUUUAUGAAACUCAGUGGGCAGAUGGUGUAUACAGAACUCAAUUUUGCCCAAAUAGUUGUUGUAUGUGAAAUGUUCCAUGUCCACACUUGGGAAAGGGUGACAACGAACGAAUUCCACUACACUUACAGGUUCAACGACGAACCUCCUGAAAUUAUGCCACUGUCUUACUUAGACACCUUAAGAUUAGUUGAUGGUUACAGACACUUUCAAGGUUUCAAAGCUCUUAUAAGCAAGACAGAUGGAAAAAAAUUAGAACGUGGAUCACCAGAAUAUUACUUAACAUUUUAAAUAUUCUCUUUUAUGGCUGGAUGGCAGAAGGCAUUUCUUUGAAGCAAUUAAAAGUAUUGAAGGCAGCCAAAAAGUUGCAAAAUUGUGAAUUUCUUUCCCAUUGUGCAUUUUUAAGCUUUAUCAAUUGUUUCUCUACCAAAGGAGCAAAUAACACGCUUAUGUAAUUCGAGCUGUUUGUUAUACAUCAGAAAAGAAUUACUUUUUUUCAAUUAUAAGAGUGAAACGAACAAAAGAA